AUGAAAAGAAGUUAUAUCACUACAAUUAUUUGUUAUCUUCCAAUUGAAGAAAUAAAAAAAGGAAUUUUAAUCAAUUCUAAAUGGUCUAAGAUAAUUUCAUUAAUAAAUAAAUACUAUAAUCUUACUGGAAAUCAAUGGAAUAAACAAAAUUUAGAAUUUAAAUAUCUUGAUUGUUUAACUUUAGUUAAAAAUAGAGAACCACUUAUUGCUAUCCCAAAUUAUCAUAUCUCUAAUUUCCAUUUUUAUGCACUUUCUCUUUAUGGAAUUAAUGAACUUCAAUGUAUUGUUUAUCCAGAAAAUAUUAUUCAUUUAGAAUUAUCUUUUAUAGAUUCUCUUGGACCUAUUUGGUUAGGUCAGUUAACUUCUUUUAUUAAUCUUAAAUAUUUGAAGAUUAUAUCAUUUAUGUAUGAAAUGGAUUGUUCUAAUAUUUCAUUUAUUCCUCAUUUAAAAGUUUUUAAAACAAAAUCAAAAGGUGGAAAUGCUUUAAUGUUAAUGACUUCUCUUAAAGAACUUGAAUGUAAAGAUGAUUUAAAUAUUCAAUAUUGUUAUAAAUUAAAAACUCUCACUCUCCAUUUAGAUCCUUCUCAAUUACUUGAAAGAACUUAUUCUUUCAAUCAUUUAAUGAAAUUAAACCUUUUGAAAAAAUUAAUAAUAAAAGAUGAUUUAUUUAAAAGACCUUAUUCUAUGUUUGAUCUCAAUCAAUUACUUUAUUAUUCUAAACAACUUAAAAUUAUCUUUAUGUUAAACCAUGUUAUUAUCCCAUUCAAUUACACUCAAUGGUUUGACUAUUCCCAAAUGACGUUUUUUCUUCAAAACAAAUCAACUUUUUCUUUAUUAAAUUCUUUAAAUUUAAAAGUCAAAAACAAACACAUCUUUAUGCAUCAUUUAGAAAUAAGUAGGUGUAACGAAUCAACUAUCAAUUCUCUUUUAAAUUCUAUUGAAACUAAAACUAUUAAAUUUAUAGAUUGUAUUAUUUCUUUCAAUAAAAUCAAUUUUUAUCCUCUUCAAAUGUUAACUUCUCUUUGGAUUAAAAGAAUGAAAUCUUUAGAUCUUCUUCUACUUAAUGAAAUGAAACAACUAAAAUCUCUUCGUCUUGAAUACAUUGAAGAAACAAAAAACGUUAAAUCUUUAUUACAAACUAAUUAUCUAAAAGUUCUCAUCAUCAAAAAUUGUCAAGGAAUUUAUCUAAAAACAAUCGUUAAAUUGAACCACUUACUCACACUCGACUAUGACCAAAGAGAAUUACCUCUUAAACGACCUUUCAAUAAAUUCCUCAACAAAUUAAAUCUAUAUCAUAAUAACGAAUUUAUUAAAUAUUAUAACUAUCUCAGAAAAUUACCAAAUUGCACAUAUAAUUCUGUUCAAAUCAAUUUCAUUCAUCCAUCAUUAACUGACAAUUUCUAUUAUUUUAAUCAUAAACUUUAA